AUGGAGCGGUGGGACUCACUGGGCAUACUGAUUAUCACACUCAACUAUAACGUGACCGUUGUAGGAAAGAUCUGGCUAAUGUUAAUAAUUCUGCUGAGACUGGCAGUGGUCGUGCUAGCAGGCUAUCCACUCUACCAAGAUGAGCAGGAACGCUUUGUCUGCAACACCCUGCAACCAGGAUGCGCCAAUGUUUGCUAUGAUUUGUUCGCUCCCAUAUCUCACUUUAGGUUCUGGCUCAUUCAAACUGUGUCUAUCCUGCUGCCUUAUGCUGCUUUCAGCAUUUAUGUUUUGCAUGAGGUAGCCAUGCACAUUGUAAGAAUGCAUUGUUCGAUAUAUGGUUGCAAAGGCAAUAAGGGUUUACCUAGCCCCACAGACCACAAGGAACGCAGUGCAAGUGCUGUUGUCAACAGACUAGACUGUGAUGUAGACAGCCUGAGCGUCCUUAAUUUUUCCGGGGCGUAUACUGUUCAUCUUUCUUUUAGGACGCUGAUUGAGGCUGCCUUCGGAGCCGGGCAGUAUUAUCUGUUUGGAUUUUUUGUUCCCGAGCGCUUUUCCUGCUACCAUUCACCUUGUACAAGCAUGGUUGAUUGCUAUAUCUCCCGGCCCACUGAAAAAUCCAUAAUGAUGAUUUUCAUCUGGGGAGUCAGCAGCCUGUCCUUCCUGCUCAGCCUUGUUGAUCUUGUCUGUGCUCUCCGGAGAAUGACAGCAAGGAACCGACAGAAGAAGCUGCUGGCAAACCUCCAUGCAAAGGAUGCAUGUGUUUUAGAUCUGCCUCCAGGACAGCAUGACAGCUCUUCCCUACCUCGACAUGAAGACCACCCAGUACCAAAUGACAGCCAGAGCAGUAACGGCUCCUGCUCGCUUCUCUCUGAAGAGGAAGAAGAGUCUGUUCUUCAUCCUGAAGUGGUGUCUCAGCAAACUGCCAGCACGAACCCUAACAGCAAGAGCAAUAAGCCCUGUGUAUUGGGAGAUCUUGCUGCUAAUCAAGACAACACUGAAGGGCCCUUGUGUGCUGAUGACCAGCAAGGCACUACAUGCAGGCAACUGAGACCUGGGCUUCAGCAAGGCUUCAUUCAGGACACUGCCCUGGCUUUGAGACCUCAGAUCAAGUCUCACCUUGGAGUUUCCUCCUCUGUAGUUCAGAACAAGCUUUUAGGACAUUAUGUUUCAGCCGAGCUAAAAAAUUCUGAUGCACAAUCAAAUUAUAGCAGUACUAGUUGCCUGAGGUCAAAAAAAUCAGAAUGGGUAUAA